CGCGCUCCAUUUCGGAAUUUCAGACAGCAAAACAAAAAACAAACUCGAACAGCCCUGCGACCUGCGUGCUGCUGCUGGUCACCGCCGCCUUCGCCGCUAUCUCCGCGAGGGAGCAUCGAAUCUUUCCUCUGCCGACCCGAGGAAGCUGUGCUUGGAAGAUCGACAUCAAGUUCGUUCGCUCGAAGCUGAGAUUCAGCGGCGCGGUUCUUCGGUCGCCCGCCGGAGAGAGAGCCCAUGAAGGGGAAAGGCGGCGCGCUGGACCGGAGGUCCUCCGCGAGGUGGAGGGUGCUGGUGCUCUGCGCCUUCAGCUUCGGGCUCGGCAUGCUCUUCACCAACCGCUUCUGGACAGCACCAGAUACCAGUAACCACAUCAUGUCUCAACGCAGGAGGCAGGAUCAGGAGUUGCAACUCGUGUCAGAGGAUUGCAACACAAAGAGGAAGCAUGGGGCAGACAAGGAUAUAAUGGGAGAGGUAACCAGGACCCACGAAGCCAUACAAUUGUUGGAUAAGUCAAUCUCAACGCUGCAGAUGGAGCUUGCAGCCAAGCGAAGCACGUUGGAACUGGUCCGCAAAGGUGUGCCAGUAACUUCAGAAACUAGCCAACCAAGGAAAAAGGCAUUUGUGGUUGUUGGAGUUAACACUGCAUUCAGUAGCCGCAAGCGUCGUGAUUCAGUCCGGGAGACAUGGAUGCCACAAGGUGAAAAAUUGCUACAGCUUGAAGAACAGAAGGGAAUAGUUAUCCGCUUCACUAUUGGGCAUAGUGCUACAUCCAAUAGUAUAUUGGACAAAGCAAUAGAUGCAGAAGAUGCGCAGCAUCAGGACUUUCUUAGACUGGACCACGUUGAAGGGUACCAUGAACUCUCUGCAAAGACAAAAAUCUUCUUCUCCACAGCUGUGGGCAUUUGGGAUGCUGACUUCUACGUCAAGGUCGAUGAUGAUGUGCAUGUGAACUUAGGAAUGCUUGCCACUACCCUUGCUCGGCAUAAAUCGAAACCAAGAACUUACAUUGGCUGCAUGAAGUCGGGUCCAGUUCUUGCUGACAAGAACUUGAAGUACCAUGAACCUGAGUCCUGGAAAUUUGGGGAGGAUGGAAACAAGUACUUUCGCCAUGCUACGGGACAGAUAUAUGCUAUCUCAAAAGACCUUGCGACCUAUAUCUCAAUAAAUCAGCCUAUCUUACACAAGUAUGCGAAUGAAGAUGUAUCACUCGGGUCGUGGUUUAUUGGUUUAGAGGUUAAUCAUAUAGAUGAAAGGAACAUGUGCUGUGGAACUCCACCAGAUUGUGAGUGGAAAGGGCAAGCUGGCAAUGUUUGUGUCGCGUCCUUUGAUUGGAGCUGUAGCGGCAUAUGCAAGUCUGUCGAGAGGCUCAAGGAUGUACAUGCCCGAUGCGGUGAAGGAGAUUCUUCUGUUUGGAGUGCUCUCAUCUAGCGAAUACCCUCCCUGGACGUAAAUAUGUAGCAUGCGCGGUACACCUUGACGAUCAUGCCUCGAUGGCUGCAACUGAAAUUGCACAAUACUGGACCUAGCUGAUGGACUCGAGCUCUGGUAAUUGAAAUUCAGCUUGAGGCAACACGUGUAGCGUAGAUGAUACUUGUUGGGUUGCUGAGAGAUUUUAGAAGAUGUGAAUUGCUUUAUGUAACCACCAGUGACCCAGUAGUGUUAGAAGAGAGACCAAAGUAGGGUUGGGGGCUGAGGUUUUGCAUCUUACAUGUAAUAGGGGUGAGUUUCUCAGCUGCUCUACAACAAAUUAGAGAUGAUGUGCUGUAGAAAAACAUCUAAUGCAAAUUUUGAUCAAUUUUUUGUGCAAAUUCCUUUGGUUAUUUUUCGCAA